CAGAGGUGUGUGCCGCGCUGCACGGGAACGGGAGAGGGACAGCCCACGAAGUGAGGUGGAAGGUGAGGAGGAAGGUGAGGAGGAAGGUGAGGAGGAAGGUGAGGAGGAAGGUGAGGAGAAGAAGGCUCGUCUCGAGAUGAAACGAGACAGACGGACCGAUGUUACGUUGUAUGACAGCUAAUCCAGCACGGAGACGACGGUACGGAUCUCGUAGUAGCCUAGACAAGGAGAGCACGAGCUAGCAGACACAGUGGGAGCGAGAAAUUGAAUCGAGCAUAGGAAGAGAAGAGAGAGCAUAGACAAAGAGAACGAACGUGAAAAUGGGGGAAUGGGGGAAAAGCGAUUGUCGGACAAGGAAGACCAUCGUCCGACAGAGUGGGAGCAAGCGGAAAAGAGACGGCGCAACAAAGUGAUACAAGUAGUAUCUUCUAGCGCGAACGUAGAAAUACGAGAGAGAAAGAGGAGAGAAAUAGUGCGAAGAAAGUUCUUUCAUUGGCAGAUAAAAGAAAGAGAACGCGUCCCGUGAUAGAGAGAGAGAGAGGAACGAGCUACCAGCGCCUAAAGUUGGAGCGUUGGUAGGAGAGAAACGCAGCGCCCGAUGGAAUCACCGGGAAAGCCAUCGUCGAGUUGACAUCCAGCUGAGAAAGGAGGCGCGGACUACCGUCACACGCGACAGAAGAGUACGCUAUCUAGCACCUAGCUCGCGUUGGACAUCGCGACUCGAACAAACCGCGCGCGCCGACCGCCGGGCGCCGACGUCGACCGAGGUAGGCCGUCGUUCUCUCUCUCUUUCCUCCCCACUCCGGUAUUCGUGCCCCCUCUCCGUGUCCGCCAGGCAUCGCGCGCGCGAGACACACCGUCGUCGCCCGUCCGCCCGUCGGUCCGUGCGCCGUGUGACAGCUCUCGCGUGCGGUCGUUUCUCCGCGAGUUCGAUCGUUCUCCCUGUCGCCGUCGUCCUCGCCGUCAAUCGGCCGUUGCAAGCGGAAUCGCACGGCGAAAUCGAGUGCCGAGAAUAGGACACGGUAUCACGGACUGACCGAGGUUCCGAGGAGGCCGGUGUCCUCGGCGACGAGCCGCCCGCGAGUGGCACUAUCGACGUCGUUGGCGAGAUCUGUCUAAUCAGUUGGUUAACAGCCAGCAGCAGCAGUAGCCGCGGCGGCACCAUGGCGGACGACCAAGAGAACACGUGCGAGGACUCCCUCGGGACCGGCGAUACCAACACCGCCUUCGCCAAGAAGCUGCGUGGUCGGAAAGGAGCCCUCAAGAAGAAAAAUGUCUACAUGGUCAAGGAUCACAGCUUCAUGCCGAGGUUCUUUAAGCAGCCAACCUUCUGCAGCCAUUGCAAGGACUUCAUAUGGGGCUUCGGGAAACAGGGAUAUCAGUGCCAAGUCUGUAGUUUCGUCGUUCACAAGCGAUGUCACGAAUACGUGACCUUCACGUGUCCGGGGGCUGACAAAGGAGCCGACUCGGACGCGAGCCAAAAGCACAAAUGGGAGGUGUUCACGUACCUGACGCCGACCUUCUGCGACCACUGCGGCUCGAUGCUUCACGGUAUCGCCCAUCAGGGACUCAAGUGUUCAGCAUGCGACAUGAACGUACACAAGAGGUGCGAGGAGAGCGUGCCGAAUCUAUGCGGAUGCGAUCACACCGAAAGACGUGGUCGUAUACACCUGCACAUCACAUGUUCCGGUAGCAAGCUCACCAUAGAAGUGCGAGAGGGACGAAAUCUUAUCCCGAUGGAUCCGAACGGGCUAUCGGACCCCUAUGUUAAGCUGAAGCUAAUCCCGGACGCGGACAACGUGAAGAAGAAAACAAAGACAAUCAAGUCGUGCUUAAAUCCAGAAUGGAACGAGACAAUCAUCUUCGACCUCAAAUCCGAGGAUAAGGAUAGACGGCUGUUGAUCGAGGUAUGGGAUUGGGAUCGAACGUCUAGAAAUGAUUUUAUGGGAUCCCUGUCCUUUGGCAUAUCGGAGCUUAUCAAAGCGCCCGUGAGCGGAUGGUUCAAGCUUCUUACUCAAGAGGAAGGAGAGUUCUACAAUGUACCUGUUCCUGAGGAAGGCGUUGACCUCGCCGAGCUUAAAACCAAAAUGCGGAAAACUUCGGUAACGAAGAAGACACACACAACACAGGAUAAGGACGUGCCGCAUAAUAUGGGGAAGAGCGAUCUGAUACGAGCCAGCGAUUUCAAUUUCUUAAUGGUACUCGGGAAAGGUAGCUUCGGUAAGGUCUUGCUGGCGGAGAGAAAGGGAACUGACGAUCUGUAUGCCAUCAAAAUCUUGAAGAAGGACAUCAUUAUUCAGGACGAUGACGUAGAAUGCACGAUGGUUGAGAAACGCGUACUUGCACUCUCGAAUAAGCCGCCCUUCUUGGUCCAAUUGCAUUCUUGCUUUCAAACAAUGGAUCGCCUAUAUUUCGUGAUGGAAUACGUAAACGGCGGCGAUCUGAUGUACCAAAUACAGCAGUGUGGCAAAUUUAAAGAGCCAGUGGCAGUAUUCUACUCGUCUGAGAUAGCGAUCGGUUUGUUCUUUUUGCAUUCGCGCGGUAUCGUCUACCGUGACCUCAAGCUCGACAACGUCCUACUGGAUCAGGACGGCCACAUAAAGAUCGCAGACUUCGGCAUGUGUAAGGAGGGCAUUACCGGUGACAAGACUACUAAGACCUUUUGCGGCACACCGGAUUACAUAGCACCCGAGAUUAUCUUAUACCAACCCUACGGGAAAUCCGUGGAUUGGUGGGCUUAUGGCGUAUUGCUGUACGAGAUGCUAGUGGGUCAGCCACCGUUCGACGGCGAAGACGAGGAUGAACUUUUCUCCGCAAUUACAGACCACAACGUCAGUUAUCCGAAGAGUCUAUCCAAAGAGGCCAAAGAAGUUUGUAAAGCGUUCCUCACGAAGAAUCCGAGCAAGAGACUGGGAUGCGGAAUGCGCGGCGAGGAUGACGUACGGAGUCACGCGUUCUUCCGGCGUAUCGACUGGGAGAAGAUAGAGAAUCGCGAAGUGCAGCCGCCUUUCAAGCCAAAGAUCCAACAUCGUAAGGACGUGAGUAACUUUGACAAGCAAUUCACCUCGGAGAAGACAGACUUGACUCCCACGGAUAAAUUGUUUAUGAUGAACUUGGACCAGACGGAAUUCAUGGGCUUCUCUUAUCUCAAUCCGGAAUUUGUGCAACACGUUUAAACGAGUACUUUUCCUCGGACUCGUACCUACGUUUCAUGUCAUUCCUCAUUCAUUUCUUAUCAUUCGUUCAUUUUCCUCCUUGUCACUCAGGGCUCUCUUAUUCUUCUCUCUCGCUCUUUUUUUCGUUUCUCUCCUCCCUCUCUUUCUUUUGCUCUCUUGCUCUCUCGCUCUCUAUUUCGAAUUUCGCUUUAGCAUUCUCGUAAUAAAGACAAGCGAGAACCUGGGCGCUGUGUUGUUUUCGAAUCUCAACUCUUUCCAUGCGAGACUUCUCGAUGUAUUUUUAAGCAAUUCUGCGAUAAUUGCGUGUUGUAUUACUUACGGCACUUAUGCUAUAAGAAUAGAAAAAGAGAGAAACAUAGCGCAAGUACUGAAGGAUUCGACGAAUCGACAAUGUUGUGAGGAAACCGGCGGACGGAGAAAUAGCACACAGAGAAGAAAGAAAAAAAAACAGAGAAGACGGUGCGAUUGUUAAGAAGGGAGAAAUUUCAAAAUUGAUGUCUUCGUUCUCUGCGUAUAUUAUUAUGCAUUUACUUCAGUAGUUUCUCUACUGUCGCCUUCCAGAGUAUAUAUAAUAUAUAUAUAUAUAUAUAUAUAUAUAUACAUACAAAUCACAUUACGGCAUACAUUGCAUACAUAUAUAAAUAAUAUACAUUAUAUAUUAUACGUCAUAAAUUUCUAUCGAUAUUUCGUUAACGUUGCACUUCUCGUCGGUUUAAUCUUCUUAAGUAGCGGAUCUUUAGAUCCUUAGAUUCUGUGGAUUCACGACAAGUUAAGAAUUUAUUAGUCAAAAUCGACUCUCAUAUAUUAACACAUACACACAGUCACAGAAACACGAUAAUAAACGUAUCUUUUCCUUUUCCGUUUAUUGCAAAGUUUCAAGUAUCUUUUCUAGGUUUUCUCCGUCGUCCUUUGAUGAAAGCACGGACAUGAUCGCUGGAAUCACGUGCGUGCCGGAUAAAUUCGUAUUCGUUGUAUCGGCAAAUAAUGAAAGGACGUUUCGAUGCGAGUCGAGGAUGGACUGAGUCGAUCGUGGCCGAUUAUGAAAUGAUUAUGAGAAUCCACGUCGAAUAAUAUAGAAACGAGAUCUCAUGUAACACAAUAGCGUCUCGCGUUUAUAUCGCGUGGAAUCGCGCGUAAAGGCGUUUGCUUGGCUACGUGAAGCAAUAUUCACCGCGCGAUAUUAUUGGACACGGUAACGUUUUACAUGCGGGAUAAGAUGCGCGUAAAUAUACGAUGUUAAUUCAAGUUCUGCAGUCGUAAAUUAUAAGUGUCAGGCUGCUCGCCACAUGCUCGGGCAAUGUAUUUUAAGCGAUUUUACGUGAUGUUAUACGUAUUAUUAUGUCGCGCGAGAUUUGUCACGAUAUACGUCAUUACGCGAAAGGAUAUCUCGCGCGAGCGUACAGGCUUAAUUUCGCAUUGUAUGACAAUCGAAGGAAUCAGAGACAGCGCCUCGGUCUACUUAGUGUUUUCUUCGCACGUCUUUCUAAUUCCACCGGUGCACCUUUUCUCGCCGAAUCUUCCUGGUUCGUCUCGUCGAGGAGGGCACGAGAUCAUCGGAGGGAACUUGGAGAAAAUUUAGUACAAGCGCGUAUAUAUAUAUAUAUAAAGAAAACGUAUACUUAUGCGAUAUUUUCCUCCUCGAGCCUCUGUUCUCAUCGAUGCUCAUCGAUGAUUGCGCAAACGUGCGCGCAUCGACGAUCGCUAGCAUGAUUAAUAAUUAUUAUUGAUUAAUGCGCGUAAAUUAUCGUAGACGUAGUCGACGAGCUCGACACUCGAGCUUUUCCUUCGUUUUUAUACACUCAAUAUUGACGACUUGACGAGCGACUCGACUUAACGCGACUCUUUUGGGCCUUGCGUGAUGCUGCAAUUACGACUGCAAUUACGAUGAAAGAAAAAUGAUGAGUUUUCUCAUAUUCUUGUUUUGUCCUCCAAGCUUUUGACAAGCCGCGAGUAGAAGGAUAAUUGCGGUUGCUCGUCGAGUUGCAAGAUGCGUAUAAAAAUAAAGAUUCAAGGACGAGCUCGUAUCCUUUUUCUUAUUUCACAAUUCUUCCUUAUCAUCUCCUUACGCAAGCGAUGAAUUCCCACGAUAAAACAUCGCUUCGAUUAAACGUCAUAACUUGAUGAGAUUUAUUUUCGCUCUACGAUAUUCUCGAACAAGCUGAAUCGUGAAAACGAUCGCUGAAUAAUGAGAUUUGUUUUUGCAUUGAGCCAUUGAACAGUCGUUGAUAAAGAAAAAAGGAUACGUGCUCGCGUUUCUUUGCAACUUUACAAUUUGAGAAUAUCAUUUAUCAUUGAGCGUGUUCCGAUAAUAAAGGAUUUAAUGUAGCUCUCGCCCCUUUUUUUCGGCGGGCGAUUCGAUCUUGUUCUUCGAUCGGGCGACUUCGCGCAGUCUCGCGGCGAAUCAUAUUUUCACUUUUAUCUCAACAUAAUUUCGAUGAAUUUUCAGUGAGAAAUGUAACAAUUUGAAACGUGCAUGUGUAAUUCUUUUUGCUCAUCCACAGUAUUAUAGAAUAAUUUUAACAACGUAAUAAAAAAAUCUCUGUUAAAAUAAAACCGCUUUACGCUCCACGGUAGUGAAAAUUUGAUGCUACUUUUACUUUAUUAGCUAAAUAGUUUGUUAAACGUCCCUUGAAGGGACUGCGCGAUCUACGUCCGAAAUCUAUUUUUGUACUAAAGGAAGUAAAACUCGAGAGAGGGAGGCUGUGCUGCCUCCCUUCUUUUCCUAUGCGCGUCUGUCUAGUAGAUCUCUCGUCACAAUCGUGGCACUCUUCGUAGCGCUCUUUUAGUCUGUACACUGAUCCAAGCGUUUUAGAAAGCUAAUGUUAAGAGUAACUGAUAAGCCGCAAUCGCCGAUGCAUAUAUCUGCGGAAAGAUGAGAGUGUGUUAUUAGGCUACAAAUUUUGGCAAACGGCGGAUCAAAAGUACGCGACUUUACGAGAAUUGUGUUUAAUUAGCUUCUUGCCGAGAGAGAGUUAGUCCUUAAGAAAAUAAUAAAUUCAUAUCAUCGGCAAAAUACAUAUACGGCCAUCAGUAAGACCCAACACGUAGAUUGUUAUCUGUAGGAAUUUAAUUCUAAACAGUGCAUCAUAUUUUAAGAUAAAGUAAAAUCUUUAUCUUUCUGUGUUUAUAAACUUCGACUUGUACAAAUGUCAUUUGAUUUCCGAGAGAUUAGUUACAUAAUUCGUUUAAUAAAUGUGAACCUAUUGUCACGUAUUUUACUGUAGUCUGUUUCUGUUUUUACGUAAACGUGAACAUUCUUUUUGUACUGUUUAGAGUUAACUGUAAGAAGCGCGAUGCGUUGGCAAUCUAUUCUCGGUAUGACCGAUCGGUUGCAACGACCGGUUCGAUGUUGGACACUUGAGAAGUAACGGUCUUUAAUGAGGAAUGUCAAAUAAGUGACAGUGAUUUUAUAACAAUUAUGCUGGUUUUUUUUCUUAAUAGAGACGCAGUACAGCUCUCGCUGCGACAGCCGUGUCUCUAUUCUCGAUCUUUGUCUGUCUGUCUCUCUCUCUCUCACUCACUCUCUCCUUUCCUUUCUCACUCACUCUCUUCCUUUGAACUGUCGUUCUUUCUGUCUCUUUUUUCUCAACCCUCUAGAUGUUAGAUUUUGAUCUUUCGAAAGGUAAGGGGUAGAGUAGAAUAUGUUCUUAUUCACAUAAUUUUCGGGACCGGUGCGCGCGUUUGAUCCGUCACCCCCGCCCCGGGUUCUGAAUAAAAAGAAAAAAACGAAGAGGGAAGACCACGAUUGGCCUGACGAAAGCGAAGCAAAAUCUGAGAAAGAAAUUUCGAUGUUGAAUCUUUGCUGGCUACAUAUAUAAAGUAUUUCUUCGAUGACAAAUUGUAUGAGAAAUUGUUUUUCCAGCCAAGAAAGAUGAAACUGCAUUGAAAAGCAUUCUUUUUGGAACGGUGGACCGUGACGGUGGUCGCGUGCGCACUCGUAGUGGUAUUAAGUUUCGGUAAUUUCACGCGAAAUGCAAAACGUUACUACGUUUCACUCUGAUAUGAUGCAAAACUUGAUUUCGCUGUAACUGAGGCUUCUUGCUUUGCGAAUCUAUUUAUAUCGCUGUAGGAGUUUGAGCAAGCUUUUUGGAAAACAUAUCCGUGUUGUAAUUAGUUUAAUUGACGACGCUGCAAGUGCAGGUGCGUGAUCGCAGAGCGUAGCUGAACAGGUGACUAGUACGUUUAGUCCUUAAAUUAAACGAGAGGAGUAACGAGUAAAAAAGAAUAACAGCAAUGAGAAUUAAGAUAGGAAAUAGAGACGUAGAGUAUUACACAAGAAUAAUAAUCCCGAUCGCGUAGCUCUGUUUCAUCCUACCACGCUGUAAUUAAAAGAAAAUUUGUCGUUCUCCUGAUUACAUGCCCGUAUAUAAUACACACGUAUCUACACAUACAUGCAUAUUUUUAAGAUGUUUUUGUGCAUUUAUAAUGUCGUAAUAAAAGUUCCGAAUCUC